UCUACUUCCGCAUUCGCAAAUUACGUAACCGCACGAAGGAACUUUUGCAUGUUUUUGCACUAGUAGGCGGCUGAACGUACUGAAGCCUUGACACAGUUCGUCCCGGCACUAUUAUACUGAAAUCCAACAUAAAUACUUACAUUUUCGUGUCGGGAUAAACUCGUCUCGGUGCAAGUUGGCUCUUCUCCAGCUAGCUUAGCUUACUUUAUCUUACCUGCUAGCUAGCCGCGAACAAAGAGAACUCUUUGUUGUCAAGAACGCAUCCCUAGAUCACUUGCGAGUGUAAGGUGUUGUGAAUAUCGUGUGGGAAUGUGUGCAAGAGCGACAACAGACUACAAGGAGGAAGUUUGUGCCACAAAGCACGCUGUUUUCAAGAAGCCUCGCGUUGCCUUACCUGGAGCAGACUUCGGCGGAACUGAUCUUGGUCCCGAGCAACAGAAGCCAGAAUCCACUCACAUUAAAGAGGAAGGGAAGCCAUAUCCGCCUUACAUUAAAGAGGAAGAAGAGGAGGACGAUAUCAGCAAGUUUCCAUUGACUGUUGUCCAUUUGAAGAGUGAAGACAAAGACAAAGACGUCAGUGAAAAAUAUGUUGGUCCUGAGCAGCAGGGGCCAGAUCGCACUCACAUUAAAGAAGAAGAGGAGGAGGAAGAGCCUCCUCAGAUUAAAGAGGAGGCAGAGGAAGACAUCACCAAGUUGCUAUUCAUUGAUAUCCGUUUGAAGAGUGAAGAUGAAGGUAAAGGCCAACGCGAGGAGAGCAGAGGGCCUGAGCCUACCAACAGCAGCUCAAGUCAACACAUGACAACAGAAGGUGAUAGAGAUCACUGCGGAAGGUCACAAGCUGGCAGGCCUCUUCGCUACACUAUCAGAUAAAGACGACGUAACGUCACACUCUCCUGACACUGAUGAGGAACUACUCUAAAGGUGAUAUGUUAUGCCAGACGGACAGCAAACAAAGUAACAAACAAACAAACAACAAACGCUGGGAGUGUUCCUACUGUGGGAAAACAUUUUGCUCAAAGUGGGUUUUAAAAGCACAUGUGAGAAUACACACUGGGGAGAAUACUUUUGAUUGCUCGGUUUGUGGUAAAAGAUUCCCCACACAGUUUCACUUGAAAGCACACGCCAGAACGCACACUGGGGAGAGACCCUUUGCCUGCUCAGUUUGUGAUCAACGAUUCUCUGAUAAGGGAAGCUUGAAGAAGCACACAAGAAUACACACUGGUGAGAAACCUUUUGCCUGCUCAGUUUGUGGAAAAAGAUUCACGGACCAGCGAACUUUGGGAAAACACAGAAGAAUUCACACUGGAGAGAAACCUUUUACCUGCUCAAUUUGCGGAAACAGAUUCCCUACAAAUGGAAAUUUAAAAAGACACAUAAGAACACACACUGGGGAGAAACCUUUUGUCUGCUUAGUUUGUGGUAAAAGAUUUACUUUAAAGGAAAGUUUAAUAUCACACACAAGAACACACACUGGAGAGAAGCCUUUUGCCUGUUCAGUUUGUGGUAAAAGUUUCCCUCAGAGAGAGCAACUGCGAACACACACAAGAACACACACUGGAGAGCAACUUUGUGCCUGCUCAGUUUGUGGUAAAGGAUUCUCUAGACGGGGACUUUUAAUAAGGCACUUGAGAACACAUAGUGGGGAGAAACCUUUUGCCUGUUCAGUGUGUGGCAAAACCUUCUCUGAAAAUGGAAGCUUAAGAAGACACUGUAGAACCCACACUGGAGAGAAACCUUUUGCCUGCCCGGUUUGUGAGAAAAGAUUCACUCGGAAGACAGAUUUAAUCAGACACACAAGAACACACACCGGGGAGUAA